CUGCGGUACUACCAUAUGAUUUGAGUUUUUAUCGACCUCACUGUUGGGCUUAAAGUAAAUCAUAAGCACGCUGCAGGAUGGUGAAGAUUUUCAUCGGAAACCUUUCUCCUGAGACGGAGAAAGAUGAAAUCGAAGCUCUUUUCACCAAGUACGGCACAGUGACAGAAUGUGCCAAGUACAAAAACUAUGCGUUUGUCCACAUGGAUGACCGUAAAUCUGCCACGAAAGCCAUCCGUGAGCUCCAUCUCCAGAAGCUGAAUGGCCGUCCCAUCAAUGUGGAGCCUAGCAGAGGGAAGAACCAGGGUCCUGUGAAGCUUCACGUCGCUAACGUUGAAAAAGGCUUUGACAACGAGCUGCGGGAGCUUUUUGAAGAGUAUGGCACAGUUACAGAGUGCUCGAUUGUCAAGAACUUUGCUUUCGUACACAUGAGUAAUUCUGACGAGGCCAUGGAUGCUCUGCAGGGUUUGGAUAAUGCAGAGUUUCAGGGAAAGCGUAUUCACGUUCAAGUAUCAAAAAGCAGGCCGAAGGGGCCACUUGAGGAGGACUAUCCACCUCCGCCAGGUAGAGGUGGCUAUUACCCUCUUCGCUACCCAGGGGAGAGGCCUGAGCCUCUGUAUAGAGCUCGCCCAUCUGCUUACCCUCUUCCUCCACCACCUCCUCCACCCAUUCCUCCACCCAUCCCCCCAAGACGAGCGCCUUACCCCGAGCGUGCUUAUGGCGAAAGAGAUGCCUAUGGGAUGGUUGAUUACUACGAGAAAUACAGAGCCCGCUCUUACAGCAGCCCAAGCUACGACGACAGGCGCGCCAUCCCUCCUCCUCCGCCUCCUUCCUCUGCGCUGGUUAGAGAGCGUCUCGGCAUGGUGGCGCACGACCCGUACGAGCGGCGUCCGGUCCCGGCUCCCUCGUCUUAUACGGUCAGGGAUCGGAGCCCUAUCAGAAGGAUCCCCCCUCCGCCUCCUCCGUCAGCUGGUAACGGGUACUCCUAUGAGCGGUCUCGGCUCUCACCGAUGUCCAGAACUCCGAUGUAUUCAGUUUCUCGUCCCAGGGACUCCUUCUCAGAGAGGGUAACGCUCCCGCCGCCGCCGCUGCUACCUCGCUAUACAGACUAUUAGCCGGGAGGAGCGUAACACAAGGUUUAGCAUAUGACAAGAUCGUCGUCUGCUGAUGCACGUGGCGCUAUACACCCUCCCCCUACGUCUAUGGCGGAUUGCGUUGCGUUCGCCUGAGGCUAACUGGAAGAUAUUGCAGAUAUAUUUAAAAACAUAUGAUUACAUGUCUACGAUUCUUCUGAGUUGUUAUGCCUUUUUCUGUUCCCCUUUUUGUUUUACUGUUAAAAGAAAUCUUAAAAAUGUUGUUCAGGAAAGGUCUUUACUAUUCAAGUGUGACGCAGUUUACAAAAAACCCUUAAAACUUUACACUUUGCAGUUUUCUUUUUCCUUUCUUAAAUGAUCUCUAAGGAGCUGAGAGAUUUUUUUCAAUACAAGGGAAUGCAUUAAAAUCAAAAUGUGCAGUGUUUGUAAGGAAAAUUGUUUCCAAGUUAGGUUUUUUUUUUUUUUUAAUUUAUAAAAUGCUAAAGAAAAGUCGCUUUAGAAGUUCAACGAUAAAAUACUUGCUGUGGGAGUUUGUUCAACAAUCCAAAUUUUGCGACAUUUUAGCUUAACAUCAAAAUCUACAGUGUGCUUUUUGUUCUUUUGGAUAUUUGUGUUCUUUUCUUGCGGAAGUAAACUUUCCAGCCCCGUCCUGUAUGCUUUUAUUUACUCUCCAAGUUGCUUUUUAUUUGAAGGCUUUUUAAUAAACACAUGAAACCAAAA